AUGUCUGGACCGCCGAAGGUUAAACCCACGAAUUUCAAGGAACUGGAGGCUCGACCGGUGCUGGGACCGGCCGGGAAUAAAACCGGCCCCGUCGAGUUGCGGAAGCCGGCCCUCAAGCUCAAAUGCGAGAAGACAGAGCAGCCGCCUGUCGAGGCGCCAGCAGCUGAUGGGGCCAAGGGGAACAAGUCUCCAGUGGGGUUCCCAGAGAAAAUACCUUCAUCGGUGGGUUUCAGGAGGAACUCAAGCAGUGCCGGCUCGAUUCUGAGCCAACGGCUGCCGAACUUGUCCCUGAACGCCUCAUGCUCCUCGGAUGCCUCCACUGAUUCUACACGCAGCAGGGCCUCCACCGGGACUAUUGCCCGCCAGACCAUGAAUCCCGCACCACAUGUAAAGAAGAAGCAGCUGGGCAGCUUGAAAGGAAAGAGGGUCGAGGGUGUGGAAGGUAAUGGGAAAUGUGUGGGGAGCGAGUGUGAUGGUUAUGCGGCGGAUGGUGCUCCGGUCAAGAAAAGGUGUGCUUGGGUGACCUCGAAUACUGAUCCGUUGUAUGCUGCUUUCCAUGAUGAAGAAUGGGGGCUUCCUGUGCAUGAUGACAAGAAGCUAUUUGAGUUGCUAAGCUUUUCCACAGCAUUGGCUGAACUGACAUGGCCCGUUAUUCUCAGCAAAAGGACCCUGUUCAGAGAUGUUUUCCUGGACUUUGACCCAAUAGCCUUGUCGAAAUUCAAUGACAAAAAAUUGACCACCUCUGGAAGUCCUGCCAGCUCUCUUCUGUCUGAACUAAAGCUGCGAUCAAUUGUUGAAAAUGCACGUCAAGUCUGUAAGAUAAUAGAGGAGCACGGUUCAUUCGACAAAUACAUUUGGGGUUUUGUGAACUACAAACCAAUCGUUGGCAACUUCCGCUACGCUCGUCAGGUCCCGAUCAAGACAUCCAAAGCAGACACCAUAAGCAAAGACCUCAUCCGGAGAGGCUUCCGAGGGGUGGGGCCCACGGUGGUCUACUCAUUCAUGCAGGUUGUUGGGCUUACAAAUGACCACCUUGUCAACUGUUUCAGACAUCGGGAGUGCGUAAUUGCUGGGGACUUGAGGGAGAAAGAAGCAAAGAUUGAGGUGGGCCCACAUGAAGAUAGUGAAAGAUUAGCUGGAGAUAUUGGUGACCUGAAUAUCUCCAGGUAG